AUGCAUCAAGGAGUCCGCGGGCGACGAUGUGAGUUCCGCCUGUGUGUGUCAACAUUCGAGCUGACGCUGGCACGCAGCCAUCCACAAGCUACGGGCGGCCAACGACUAGAUCCGAAGCGCAAACCGUGGCCGACGCAGUUACAGAACCUGUGCCACCGACUGCUCGGCGCCUGGCCUCAAGGAACGACGGUUAUCGAUGGCAUAGAGCCUUUUUUCUUCGACCGCUUUCUCCGAUUCCAAUCUGUGCUGUUUGGCUCUUCUGCAAUUAUCGUAACACCGGUCGUGGCUCUUUUCAAUCAUUACUUUGGCCAAGCAAAGGAUGACUUGAACCCUCUCGACCGACUUGGGUGGUCCAGCCUAUCUACCACAAGUCCCGAGCCCUAUUGGCUUUACGUUGUGCUCACACUCGCAUUCGCUGUCUUCAUACAAGUCAUGGUUGGUCGAGAGCUGGAACAAACUCUCAUACAGCGAUCGCGACUUCUUCGAGAAAGACUCAGUGAUCAGUCCGUUACACAUUUCGUUCAGGUCGAGGGCCUGCCUCAGGAGUAUCGCGAUGAAGGGGGCAUUCGAGAUAUCUGUGGCCAGUUGCAAUCCCACCUCAAUUACGUCGUGUGGUUACCACGAGGUGAUCUAUUAAUCCGUCUUUCAGAUCGACGUCGACGCUGUCUUCAUGCCAUUGAGCACGUCGAGGCGCGCUUCAUCGCUAGAUUGGUUCGCUAUAUCCGAGAGGGGCAGACGGUUAUGCUGGACCAAGAACUGACCAGCCGCUAUCAACAGCACGGCUCGUCCUGGACAUCUCGAUGGCUUUCACCAUGUCAAAGCGUCAUGCCGUACUCUUGCCAGCGCGUGGCCGUGCUCUAUGAAGCACUGCUGCAGCUAUCGCGAGAACAUCAGCAGGCAAUGCAGGAAGUGGAGACCUGCCCAACGGCAGCAAUCCUAGCUCUGGACAGCUACCGCGCUGCCAAGCUGUUGUGCAAUUUUGAUGGUCCUGCCCAUGACGGAAGGAUAAAUCUGCACUAUCUGGGAACAUCUUUAUCGGAGCUGUUGGUACCUAACAUUAUCCAAUUUGACGACCGAAGUAAACUGUUCUCGGAAGCGCUGAACCUCGGCACCAUCCUUUUGGUGAUCCUGUCGUCCGUACCAAUGGGGGCAAUAGGCGCGGUCAGUCAGAUGAACACAGUACUUCCUUUGCUGGGUAGAGUCAGCGGCUUACAAAUGCCAGCAUCGGCGAUCGGUUUGAUACAAGGCGCUCUGCCACAAAUACUGACCACCAUCUUGAUGCAGAUGAUGCGUGGUGUAUUGAGGGCACUUACUAAUUCGCGGUGUUGUCACUCGCGAGCCGAAGCUGAAAUAACCAUGCAAACUUGGUAUUUCUGGUUUUUGUUCACGCAGCUUUUCGUCACCACGUCCAUCUCAACAGGACUGAUCACCAUCAUGUCCAAGAUGAUCAAAGCAGGUCUCUGGGAACUGCCGCGGACGCUGGCCGAAAACUUACCCCGGUCCGGCACCUACUACUUGGCCUACAUCCCACUCCAGACAGCCCUAGAACUAGCAUCGACCACGAUCCGGAUCCCGAUGUUGCUGCGAUUUUAUCACUGGCGUUCAAGGUGGCAGCCGCCUCGGCGUGUUCUCGAGGACGUUGAGAGGCGCCGAGUGGGGAACUUCUUAGGCGAGGUGUACCCAUUUGUUACUGUUGUUUCUGUCAUCGUCAUCAUCUACGCUCUCUUCUCUCCUUUAAUCUUGCCUGUGGCAUCCCUCUGUGCAGUACUUUCGCGGAUCCGGUUUCGUUACGCUCAGGUGUAUGUCGGCAAGGCGACGAGCCCAACCAACGGCGAGCUAUAUCUUGCAUCUUUACACAGCCUGUUCUGGGGCCUCCUCGUCAUGGAGCUCACAUUCAUUGGGCUAUUCCUCCUGAAGUUAGCAUCUCCGAAUCUGAAGCAUGACCUUCCACAACUCACAACACUUCUUCUGCUCUUCUACGGGACGUUCCGCUACCGACAGCAUGCCGGCAAGAAGUAUAGCACUGUCGACCCAGGUUUUGAGGCGCAAGGAUCACCCUACCCUGGAGACGUCGCUCACAACGCUAGCACGCGUCGGGUGGACGAGGAGCUGUCGAGGACAUGGAGGGGACAUAAUCAGCCGGCGGACGAUGGCGUCGUUUGGAUAGCAGAAGACUCCAAAGGUGUUAGCGAUGCACUGGUCUCUUUUAUUCAAACCCGUUACUCUAGUCUGUCCAAUACCGUGGCAGUCAUCACGAACGCUCACGCUACAGUGGACAUGACGGGGAACAUCAAUUUGCAUAUGGCUGAAGAGCAUGAAGAGAAAGCGACACACAGAUAG